UUGUGACAUUGCAACAACGUUGCAAAAUGUUGCACGGGCUUUAUAUCGAAGGGCUUAACAUUCUCGGUUCUGAUUGGUAUUGCGGUCAGCCAAUCAGCAAGUGAGACACUGCUUGCGUUUCUCUGAUUAUUUAGAACUUGACUCAAUAAGUGUGCAACAAGAUGAGUGUGCGUAUAAAAAAAAUACUUCUCUGCAUAUCCCUGAUUUUUGUGGGUAUUAUCUAUUUAUACUCGAGUCUGCGUACGAAUGACAAGGAUGUAUCCUUGAAGCAGCUCUUAGCUGCUGCGAUAAGGGCGGCAGAACUCGGAGGACUCGAAGUAGUGGCAGUGCACCAUCAAAUUAAAUUCAAAGUCGAGAGCAAAGGCCAAACGAAGGAAGGAGUAAAUGACCCAGUAACAGCAGCUGACUAUAGAUCGCAUUGUGCCAUGUAUCGUGCUUUGACAGAAGCAUUCCCAGGAAUUACUGUGAUAUCUGAGGAAACGUCACAAGAUUGUGACAAGAUUGCAAUAGAAGAUAUUAAGAAUUAUGCUAAAAGUAUUGAUGGUUACAAUAUGAGCGAUGAAAUAGUAAAUACUAAGGAUAUUACAAUCUGGAUAGAUCCUUUGGAUGCUACUAAAGAAUUUACAGAAAAUUUAUUACAAUAUGUAACUACUAUGGUGUGCAUAGCUGUUAAAGGACAACCUAUUAUUGGUGUUAUUUAUAAACCUUUUGAGACAAAACAGAAUUACAGUUUAUUUUGGACGUGGACCAAUUAUGGUGUAUCAAAAAAUCUGAAAAAUUUGCCCAAGGCAAGAGAUAACAGGCCACCUAUCCUGAUUGUGUCUCGUUCACAUGCUGGAAAAGUCAAUAAUGUAUCUAAAGUUGCUUUUGGUAACAAUGUUGAAAUUAUAUCUGCUGCUGGUGCAGGUUAUAAGUUCUUGGAAGUAGCUGUUGAUAAUGCAACAAUAUAUGUUCAUACAACUGCUAUUAAGAAAUGGGAUAUAUGCGCAGGCACUGCAAUCCUCAGAGCUUUAGGAGGAACAGUAACACAAUUGUAUGACCAACAACCUAUUUACUUUGGAGUUAAUGACCCUAAGGUACUUACAAAGGGUCUUCUAGCAACUAUGAGUAAUCAUGCGUUGUACUCAGAUAAAUUUUUACAUGAAUUUCGAUCUAAUUUUCAUUAAAUAAUUUCUGUAAGAUUUUAAUUCAUAUAAAGUAAGAAUCGUAUAUUCAUUUUAUAUAUGAUGUGAUAAAAAAGUCUUACAUAUCUUUGUACAACAAUCACGAUUCUGAGAUAAAUGUUUCUCACAACUAUGUAAACCAAAGCUGUGUAACUUGCGAUACAACGUAAGCGACUGAAAUAACAAAAAUGAAAUAGAUUAUACAAUGCAGAUGGAUUAAUAGGAAAAAGAAAUACAAUAUGAUUUCAGUCAAAUUAGAAUUAAGUUAGGUUGUCACUCGCGAUCGUCUAGUUAGACAGCUUAGAUUAAUCAUCUUUUAUACAAUAAACGAUACAACAGCCAUCUA